UUUCUUAUCUUCUCUAAUCUCAUACUCCCUCGAAGUCUCAGAAUUAGGGUGUUUCUUGCUCCUUUAAAAGCCCCUUUAAAGAGCUUGAAUCUCCUAAAUAAACCCUUUUAAUGGCAUCAUCAGCAGCGCAGAUUCAUGUUCUUGGUACAUCUUUCCCAUCAACUACAUCAAGAAAAUCCACUUCUAGAAAUGUGUUUUUCGGGCAGAGAUUGAAUUCAAGUGUUUCAUUUGGAUUACCACGUUCAGCUUUCCUAAAAUUGAAUCAGAACAAUAAACAGAGAAGGAAUUAUGGUCCAGUUAGAGUUGUGGCUGAGAAAGUUGUUGGUAUUGAUUUGGGUACAACGAAUUCAGCAGUAGCAGCGAUGGAAGGUGGGAAACCAACUAUUGUUACUAAUAUCGAAGGACAAAGAACAACACCAUCAGUUGUUGCUUAUACUAAAAAUGGUGAUAGAUUAGUUGGUCAGAUUGCUAAGAGACAAGCUGUUGUAAAUCCUGAGAAUACUUUUUUCUCUGUCAAGAGAUUUAUUGGUAGGAAAAUGUCUGAGAUUGAAGAAGAAUCUAAACAAGUUUCUUACAGAGUUGUUAGGGAUGAGAAUGGAAACGUUAAACUUGAAUGCCCUGCUAUUGGUAAACAGUUUGCUGCUGAAGAAAUCUCUGCUCAGGUGUUGAGGAAACUUGUGGAUGACGCAUCAAAGUUUUUGAAUGACAAAGUUACUAAAGCAGUUGUUACAGUACCUGCUUACUUCAAUGACUCCCAAAGGACAGCAACUAAGGAUGCUGGGAGAAUUGCUGGACUUGAGGUUCUUCGUAUCAUCAAUGAGCCAACUGCUGCUUCAUUGGCCUAUGGGUUCGAGAAGAAAAACAAUGAAACUAUCCUAGUGUUUGAUCUUGGUGGUGGUACCUUUGACGUUUCAGUUCUUGAAGUUGGUGAUGGAGUAUUUGAGGUGUUAUCUACCUCUGGAGAUACUCAUUUGGGAGGAGACGACUUCGACAAGAGAAUUGUUGAUUGGCUUGCUGCCAGCUUUAAGAGAGACGAAGGUAUUGAUCUUUUGAAGGAUAAACAAGCUCUUCAGCGUCUAACCGAGACCGCUGAGAAAGCAAAGAUGGAGUUGUCAUCCUUGACUCAAGCUAACAUUAGUUUGCCUUUCAUUACUGCAACGGCUGAUGGUCCCAAGCACAUCGAGACAACUCUUACAAGGGCUAAGUUCGAGGAGUUGUGCUCAGACCUCCUUGACCGACUGAAAGUACCAGUUGAGAACUCUUUGAGAGAUGCAAAGCUCGGUUUCAAGGACUUGGAUGAGGUGAUCCUUGUUGGUGGAUCCACACGUAUCCCAGCUGUCCAGGAGCUUGUUAAAUCAUUAACUGGUAAAGACCCAAAUGUUACAGUAAAUCCUGAUGAAGUUGUUGCUCUUGGUGCUGCAGUUCAGGCUGGUGUGCUCUCUGGGGAUGUAAGUGAUAUUGUUCUCUUGGAUGUGUCACCAUUGUCUCUUGGUCUGGAAACACUUGGAGGUGUUAUGACUAAAAUCAUUCCAAGGAAUACUACAUUGCCCACCUCAAAAUCAGAGGUGUUCUCUACCGCCGCAGACGGGCAGACAAGUGUUGAAAUUAAUGUACUACAGGGUGAAAGAGAGUUUGUGAGAGACAAUAAGUCACUCGGAAGCUUCCGUCUAGAUGGUAUUCCUCCAGCCCCACGUGGUGUCCCUCAGAUUGAGGUCAAAUUUGACAUUGAUGCAAAUGGUAUUCUCUCUGUUGCGGCUAUUGACAAGGGCACCGGAAAGAAGCAGGACAUUACUAUUACUGGUGCUAGUACACUACCCGGUGAUGAGGUUGAAAGAAUGGUAAAGGAAGCUGAGAGGUUUGCCGGUGAGGACAAAGAGAAAAGAGACGCCAUAGACACCAAGAACCAGGCUGAUUCAGUUAUUUACCAGACAGAGAAGCAACUCAAGGAAUUGGGAGAGAAGGUUCCUGCUGAAGUGAAGGAUAAGGUAGAAGCAAAACUUGGGGAGCUCAAGGAAGCUGUCACUGGUGGAUCAACACAAGCCAUCAAGGAUGCCAUGACUGCACUAAACCAAGAAGUGAUGCAGCUUGGUCAAUCUCUGUACAACCAACCAGGUGCAGCACCUGGUGCUGGGCCUGCACCUGGCGGUGAUGAAGCUGCUGGGUCUCCAGGAGCUGGAGCUGGCAAGGGACCUGAGGGUGAUGUCAUUGAUGCUGACUUCACUGACAGCAAAUGAGGAACUAAAUUGUAGGAACUAUCUUUUUUUAGGUUUCUCCUUUACCCUCUGCACUGUAUAUGUGGUAAGAUUUUUUGAGAGAUUUUUUAUGAGGCAGAUCUGAGGUUAUGUUUACACUAGGUGAGGGGAAAUAUAGGGUUUGAGCUUGGGGAGAGUGGGGAACAGAUGAUGAUGAAAUGUGAGAGCAAACAAGAACAAUAGGUGAGGACCCUUUUUGACCUUUUGAUAACAGGAUUACGGGAGAUAAAAUGGUUGGUUGGUUUUGCCAUAAUUGAUUAAUAUAAAUACCCAACUGUAAUUUGUGCAAUCUUCCCUCCAUCUCCAUUUUCCUUCUUCUUGUUGCCCACUCCGAUUGUAGGGUUGCACAGCACACAAUGGAAUAAGAUGGCAUGGUCCGGAUGGUAACCCCCUGCCACCAUCUUACUG